AUGACUUCUUGGCAUUCCUACAACGCAAGAGCAAAUCAAAAGAUCAUCAUGGACCAACUCGAACAAAACCAAGAUGCAUUGAAGGAAGAAAUGACCCACAUGAGAGCUCAAAUUGGUCAACUUAUGGAAGUCAUCCAAAAUGUGGCUAGAGGACAAGAAGAGAACCUUCAGACCAACCAGAGGGCCACUGUUGUUGAUCCAAUUGUGAAUCCUGCUGUGGGAAAUGGUGUCCCUGUUGUUUCCCAGCCUCCACCUGAAGGUAUACCCAUCAAUCGGAAUACUGCUAACACUUUCCACAUCUCUUCUCAAGGAGGAUCCCAAGCUGACGUGGAUGACCACAACGAAACCUUCUUCAUGCCCAAGGCUCAGUCAAUGUAUGAUGCCUACAAGCCUUCUCCUACUGACAUUGACAUGAAACUUCAUCUCAUGGAAGAAAGGUUCAAAGAAAUAGAAGGUCCUAGUACCUUUGGCCUGGAUGCUGCAGACAUGUGUCUGGUCCCUGGAGUGAAGAUCCCAACUAAGUUCAAGGUCCCUAGGUUCGAAAAGUACAAAGGGAUUACUUAUCCUAAAACUCACAUCAGAUCCUUCUGUAGGAAGAUGGCAGCCUACUCCGAUGAUAAGAAGUUGUCAAUGCACUUCUAUCAGGAUAGCCUCAGCGGAGCCUUGUUGGAAUGGUACAUGCAACUUGAGCGUAUGCAUGUGCACACCUGGAGAGGGUUGGAUGAAGCUUUCCUGAAACAAUAUUAA